GGACUUCCGGUCAGAGUGUAAACAAGAUGGCGGCGAGGAGGCGGCGGGGCUGGAGUUCGCUCUGUUUGUGGUUGUUCACGGUGUUGUGCUGCGGCCUCGACUUCACCGGGGCCGUGUCGGAGCCGGGCAAAUGGAGCAUCAGCGUAACCGGGAGCCAGUCACAGACACGAUUUCCACUGCGAAAGACUUUGUUUAACAAUUCUUACAUUAAACUCAAAUGGACAAAUGUGAACUGCGACUCUCCAGUUAAUCUGAGCGUUGCGUGGUAUUUGAGGAGUUCCCAUUGUUAUGAUGAAUUCUUUUCAGUGAAUGAUGAAAUGGCAACAAAAUACUUUGGCUCUGUGAUUGUGCAGGAAAUUGGUGGAAAUGGUUAUUACAUACUUCAUCAAUACAGCACCUUUGUAUGUCGAAAUAACAAAACUUUUGGACAGCUACAAGUAAAAUUAUUUGACCAACCAGAGCUAUUGAAAAAAGAGACUCCGGACAUUCAACCUGAACCCGAGCCCAAUCCCAAACCAAUGUCCAAAAGAGAAGCAGUCAGCAGGAAGAAAGCUAACAAACCAUCGGUGAAUGAAGAUCGAAAGAUAAAUAAGACCAGCAGAGUAAUCAAACAUCCAGUUUUACGGGACUCCGUGGCAAAGACCUGGGAGGAUGCUCCAUACCUUUUCAUCAUUGAAGUCAAAAAGCCAUUGGUUGACUCCCCUGGAAACAGAAAUUGGCAUCUAACUUUAGAAGUGGAAAUGGUAGGACCCUAUGGAUACAUCUCUGCCUCGCAAUGGCCACUAAUGAUCUUUUACAUGGUGAUGUGUAUCAUCUACGUGCUCUACAGUCUGGUUUGGCUCCUCCUUUUAGCCUGCUACUGGAAGGAUUUGCUGAGGAUACAGUUCUGGAUUGGAGGGAUCAUCUUGCUUGGAAUGCUGGAAAAAGCCGUCUUCUAUGCAGAAUUCCAAAGUAUCUCACGGCUGGGUGUAUCAGUGCAUGGGGCAGUGGUCUUUGCAGAGCUGCUGUCAGCCGUGAAGCGCACCCUUGCUCGGAUCCUGGUCAUUAUCGCUGCACUUGGUUACGGAAUAGUCAAGCCUCGGCUGGGAACCACAUCAUAUCAAGUAGUUGGCAUCGGCCUGCUGUACUUGCUGUUUUCAUCAGUAGAGGGAGUCCUAAGAGUAUCUGUGGAUCGUUCCUUGGCAGCCAUGACCAUCUGUGAGAUUUCUCUUGCGCUAAUAGACUCCUGCAUUGUUUGGUGGAUCUUCGUAAGCCUAUCCCAGACAAUGAAGCAGCUGAAACUCCGAAGAACUCUGGUGAAACUUUCGCUGUACAGGCACUUUACCAACACGUUAAUAUUUGCUGUUUUUGCUUCAGUGAUCUUUGUCAUCUGGGUGACCAUGACGUUCAGACUUGUAUCCUGCCAGUCGGACUGGCGGGAGCUGUGGAUAGAAGACGCAUUUUGGCGGUUCCUUUUCUCGAUUUUGCUGCUCGUCAUAAUGUUCUUGUGGAGACCCUCUGCAAAUAACCAGAGAUAUGCUUACUCUCCUUUGGUAGAUGACAUUGAUGAGGAAGAGGAAGAGGAACAGUUGAUCAGUGAAGCUUUUGAGGGAAUGAAGAUCAGAACAAUAAAAUCCGAGUCUAAUGGCACAGUCAAAUCCAACAGAAUGGAUGAAGACCUCAAAUGGGUUGAAGAGAAUAUCCCAUCGUCACUAACUGAUGUAGCGCUGCCAACCUUGUUGGAUUCAGACGAGGAAAUAAUGAACACCAAAUUUGAGAUCUCCAAAAUGGAAUAAUUGCUUGGAAGUAUGUUACAGACCUUGCAAUCUGAAAACUAAUGGAAUGGAUUUGACAUUUGGACACUUUUUUUACAAAAUGCAGAAGAAAAAAAAGAAUGUGCAAAACAUUCUUCGUGAUGUGACUUUUUGCAAUAGCUUUAACGCUAUUUUAUGUUAGAAGCUUUCACCGAUCACAUUAUUGAAUGGACUUUUUAAACCUGCGACUUUUCCCCUCAAGUUUGUGAAAUUGUUUGAACUCUAUGGAAUGCCACCAGCACCGUGCAAAGGGGAAGAGGGUUGUUGUUGGAAGGACAAGACUCAAAUUAGAACUAAGCAAAGCAGUCGAAAUGCCAUUUUAUCAACACUUGGGCAAUGUAAAAUAAACUGCACACAGAUAAAGAAGGGUUGUCGGGCUGAGUAUUUGUAAGAUAUAAGACAUCCCUGCCUGACCAAAAUAAUUUUAAAUCUUAAUUUAAGACAUAGUAGUAAUGAAGGCCAGCCACUUUCAUCUGCAUUUAGUAGUGGUUCUAAAACUAAUGGUUAGGAGUUCCUCUUUCCUCCAUCUUAACACUUUAAAAAAAGUAGCUAAAUGGUUUGCUAUUGAGUUGUUCCUAACGUGAAACUUUAAAUAUAUUUGCAUUUUUCAAUCGGUAUUUUUGCCCAAAGGAAAAACUGAGCUGAUUGUUUUAUUUUUUCUUAAAGCCGUGUUAUACUUUGUGGCUUUAAUCGAAGCCCGCAGCAUCAUGGUGUGUGUGCCACAACAUGCCGUGCCCUUGGAAAGCAACCCGUCAUCUGGCUUCUCCAGAGAUGCUGCCUGGCCGGCUGAGUUACUCCAGCAUUUUGUUUCUAUCUUUGGCAUAAACCAGCAUCUGCACUUCCUUUGUAUUCCACAAUCUGGCUUACUGUGUAAAAUGGUGGGACGGGAGGUGAGGGUGAAGAAGAGUAGAAUAUGUAGAGAGUUAACGACUAUAAUAAAUAGCAGUGGGUUUUGCUUAUCCGUGCAAUUACACUGGGGCCCCCAUAGUGCCACACGCUAUGUAUUUUUCAAUAUAACAAUGAAUUCUGUGCAUUUUGAAAUUCUCCCAAAUGGAUUCUGAGGGAGGCAGCCUUGAUCGUGUGUGUGUGUGAGUGUCUCUUGCAGAUGCAACUACACGUGCAAUGUUUAAGAUCAUGUGUCUGGAGUCUUAAGUUCGCAGUCCGACUGGCAUUUUGAAAUAUUUCCUGUAUAGGGAAUCCUCCAGGGCACUUGUGAGAGGGGUGGGGAAGGAUAAAAAAUAAUGACGGCUGAGAAAUUAUUUUUCGAACUCGCCCUAGAAACCCCAGCGUGCCUGCCGCUGGUCGUUUUGGUGGCUUUGAUGUUCCAACCCAGCUCUGAGUUGGGAAGGAUCAGAGUUGCCGAUGAUUCUGAGAACAGAACUCUGUUGUUGAGUCCAGAAACAUGCUCGCUAAAUUGGCCAUGUCGUUGAAUAGCUGGCCACACAGCAUGAAUGAUAACAAUGAGAUGGACUUCAAAUAUUCCAUUUGGAUCCGCCACCCAGUUUGGAUUCGCCCUGUGAAAAUUUUGUUUAUUUUUAAAUUGAAAUUCUGUACAAAAGAAAAAGAUCACUAUAACUUUGCCAUGUAAAGUUAUUCACCACUUUGUUUAAGACAGCUUUAAAUUAUUAUAAAAUACUUUUUUUUAGAUCUCGUAAGAUUUUAAAGAACUGUACUAGUUGUCCACCAGGACUUGUGAUGAGGAUGGGUUCAGGUCUUGAUGCUUCGAACCUUGAAUUGUAAGCAUGACCCUUAUAGGGAUCUGUAGGUUAGCUUUGGCUGAGAUUAGCCUGCUUUCUUCCAAACAAGCUGUAGCUUGUCCAUAAUUAGAUUUGUAAGGAAGUUUGUUGUCUAGCUAGAGACUUAGAGUUGACAGUACGACUCUUCCAUACCCACUUGUACGUUCCUCUCUGUGACGACCUCUUGGCGUUGAAUUUCAAAGCCUGAAUUGGACCUGGUUUGUUCUGGAUGUUCUGAAUGUUGAUGCGGUUCUGUGGUUGUCACCAUUAUCCCUACUCCACAACUCUAUCCGUAUAUGCUGCUUACCGGGCGUUUAUAUAAGGUGCGUGUAUGUUAACAUCGAUUGUGUUCUGUAAAGGUGCUAUAAGCAGAUCUAUACAACGUUUGUGAAUGUCAAAUAAACCCUAUUUGGUAAAAGGCUUUUGAAAGAA